GACUCCAAAAUUAAUCUUAAAAUAAUGAAAAGGGAGAGAGGAAUGGCAACGAAAGACGACAACAGUGAAAGCCCUAAAACGGCGUCGAAGAAUUCACGGGGGGCAGUGUGGUCAAUUGAUACUUAUGCUGCACAAUGUGAAACAUGCUUAAAAUGGAGGGUAAUUGCAACUCAAGAAGAAUACGAGGAAAUCAGAAGCAAAAUCUUGGAGAAUCCCUUUGUUUGUGACAGAAAACCUGGGGUAACUUGCAAGGAUGCUGCUGACAUCGAUUGCAACGCAACUCGAACUUGGGUGAUUGACAGGCCUGGCAUCCCAAAGACCCCAAAAGGUUUUAAGAGGAGCUUGGUGCUAAGACGGGAUUUCUCCAAAAUGGAUGCUUACUAUAUCACUCCCACAGGUAAGAAACUAAGAACGAAAAAUGAAAUUGCAGCAUUUUUAGAAGCAAAUCCAAAAUACAAAGAUGUUUCUAUUGAGGACUUCAAUUUCACUUCUCCAAAGGUAAUGGAAGACACUAUACCUGAAGAUGGAAAGAAGGUUAAUGCUAGUGGUAGCGGUUAUAGAAAAAGUAAGGCAUUAAAUGAUGCAGCUUGAGCUGGUAUGCUGUGUCUCUAAGUAACUUGUUAUUGGGUGUUGUAUCUCUACAAGGUUGGUGUGAUGGGGGUUUUUUUGUUCAUUUCGCUGCAUGGGAGGGAUUUUUUGGGGCCAAUACAUUUUGCAGAUGAUGGCAGAACAAUUGCGUAGUUGCGAGAAUCCUAUUUAUUUUCCGAUUAGGUUGCUGGCUCUUUAUUGAUCGCUUGGAGUAACGCAAUGCCAAACAAAGCCCAUUGAAAUUUGGCAAUGCAAUCCCAAAAACUGAAUUCCAGCAAA